AUGCUCUCGCAGAAACGGGUGGGAUCUCUUCCCUUCACUUUCUAUUUGUGGGCAGACGUGUUCCUCUUUCUCCUUCAAGAUUGCUUAGCGUGUAAAUCUGAAGAAAAGCUGUUUCAAAAACUCUUCUCCCACUACAAUCAUUAUAUCAGACCAGUGGAAAAUGUAUCUGACCCAGUUACAGUAUAUUUCGAGGUGGCAAUUACGCAGCUUGCAAAUGUGGAUGAAGUCAAUCAGAUUAUGGAAACCAAUCUAUGGCUGCGACAUAUAUGGAAUGACUAUAAACUGCGAUGGAAUCCAGCAGAAUAUGAUGGGAUCGAGUUUGUCCGAGUGCCAGCAGAUAAAAUCUGGAAACCUGAUAUUGUGUUAUACAACAACGCUGUCGGGGAUUUUCAGGUAGAAGGCAGAACCAAAGCUCUUCUCAAAUACGAUGGCACGAUCACUUGGACCCCCCCUGCCAUCUUUAAGAGUUCCUGCCCCAUGGAUAUCACCUUCUUCCCCUUUGAUCACCAGAACUGCUCCCUGAAAUUUGGGUCCUGGACCUACGAUAAAGCUAAAAUCGACCUUCUCCUCGUCGGUUCCAAAGUGGAUAUGAAUGACUUUUGGGAGAACAGUGAAUGGGAAAUAGUGGAUGCUUCGGGCUACAAACAUGACAUCAAAUACAACUGCUGCGAGGAGAUCUAUACUGAUAUAACCUACUCUUUUUAUAUCCGAAGGCUGCCCAUGUUUUACACAAUUAAUCUAAUCAUUCCUUGUCUGUUCCUUUCAUUCCUGACUGUGCUGGUCUUUUACCUUCCUUCCGACUGUGGAGAGAAAGUGACUCUGUGCAUCUCUGUCCUACUUUCUUUAACAGUGUUCCUGCUGGUAAUCACAGAGACAAUCCCCUCUACUUCUCUGGUAAUCCCCCUGGUGGGAGAAUACCUGCUGUUCACCAUGAUAUUUGUGACCCUCUCUAUUGUCGUCACCGUGUUUGUGCUGAACAUCCACUACAGGACGCCAACAACACACACGAUGCCCACGUGGGUCAAAACUGUCUUCCUCCGUCUCCUUCCCAAAGUCCUGAUGAUGAGGAGGCCUCUGCAGAAACACGUCGAAGCCAAAACUAAAAAACUCAAAAAGGGCAGUACCAGUAAAUCCAGCAAGCCAAAGGCUGGCGAGUUUGGAGAAGUGAAAGUCCGCAACGAACACAGGUGCUGUCACUGCGACAAACCCAAUGAGCCGGACACGAGCAAGAAAAAGAGACCGAGCCCCCAGUCUGCGAAAUGGGCAGCUGACCAAGUGGAAUACUCUCCGGAAGUCAAAGAAGUCAUUAACAGCGUGCAGUUAAUUGCUGAGAACAUGAGGAGCCACAAUGAGACCAAAGAGGUGGAAGAUGACUGGAAAUACGUAGCCAUGGUGAUUGACAGAGUAUUCCUGUGGGUGUUCAUAAUUCUCUGCGUGUUUGGGACUGGAGGCUUGUUCCUGCAACCAUUAAUAGCAGAGACAUAA